UUUAGAAACAAAAGAAAAAAAAGUCAUCCAUGUAGCAAAUACGUCUUUUUGGAAGAUUUCUUACUAGUGAAAGCGUUUUUUAUAUCCAAAUUCUUUGUGAUGUCGUAAUAUUUUAACAAAAUUUUGUGCGUGCUAUUGACGAUUAAUUAUUAUUAUAUCGAUUUACUCUCUUUCAUGAGAGUUGUGUGGAAAGCUUAUAUCAAUCGAAAAGCCUACAUUUUGACAGGAGGGCCACUGAAACCUUGGACAUACGUGAGUAGUGAGAUGUCCAAUGUAUCCUAAACGGGUUAGGAUAAAGUCGAUAGAGCUCAAUGGCUGAGCGCCUCAGCCCUCGAAGCUCCGAGGUGAAUGCCUUGGAACAACGAGGCUAUCUCAUCGGCAAGAAAAUCGGACAAGGAUCAUAUGCCACCGUCCACCUGGCUGAGUACUGCGAUUCAGCCAGCCCAAAGCGGAUGCACCUCGCGUGCAAAAUAUUUGACAAAGAAAAAGCUCCGCGGGAUUUUUUAGAAAAGUUUUUUCCUCGUGAACUUGACAUAUUGACUAAGAUCGAAAAUCCCCAUAUCAUUCAAGUGCACAGUAUUUUACAACGUGGACCAAGGGUGUUUAUUUUUAUGCGAUAUGCUGACAACGGCGAUCUGUUAGAUUUUAUAAAACGGAACGGAGUUGUGCUAGAAAACCAAGCAAAGAUUUGGUUUAGACAAAUGGCUAGUGGCCUUCAAUAUCUGCAUAGCAAGAAUAUAGCACACCGUGAUCUGAAAUGCGAGAAUAUUUUACUAUCAAGACGCUUCAAUGUGAAGUUGGCGGAUUUUGGAUUUGCUAGAUUCUGCACGGACGGUGAGAAUCGGCGUGUGCUCAGUCAAACAUACUGUGGAUCCGCUGCGUACGCCGCCCCAGAGGUGGUGAGUGGCACACCCUACAAUCCCAAACUAGCUGAUGUGUGGUCUCUCGGAAUUAUCCUCUUCAUAAUGCUGAACGCUUCCAUGCCGUUCGAUGAUUCGAACUUGCGCAAACUACUCAAGGACCAAAUGUCGCGAAACUGGGUUUUUAGAUCCAGGAUCCGCGAUACAGUUACUCCGGCGGCCAAGUCGAUCGUGCGACACAUUCUCGAGCCUGACAUCACGCUGCGCCUCACGCUGGACCGGGUGCUGUCGCACGAAUGGACCAGGCCUCGUAAGGAUAAGAGCGCUAGCCUGAUGGGGCGGUUGGUGCAGUCAGCCCCGUCGGCGCCGCACUCGCCCGGCAAGCGCGAGCACGACGAGGCCGGCACGUCGGCCGGCGCGCGCGUCUCCGGCGACCACCGCGAGACCGAGCGCGAGCGGCACGACGACAUCAACAUGCGCUCACACGACUAACUCACCUAAUCAAUAUAAUAUGUAUCGAUAAUGUUUACGCAAAAAGUGUUAUAAUCUUGAAAUAUUUUUGACCUUCAAAAAUUGAAAAUUCACUUUAUUAUUUUGAUUUUUUUUUACAAUUGACGACUUAACUAUUGUUGGUCGGCAAUAGUGAAAAUAAAGAUUUUAUAUAUAAUUACCAA